UUCUUCCCUCGUUCCUGCUUUCCUUCCUGUUUCAGUUGUCUUUCCUUCACUUGUUCCCUCCUCCUCCUUUUCAGCCGUUCUCAUACAUGAUCGUCAUUAUGUCGCCUCCUCCAGAUGUGUCGGUGGAGGAGUUCUUUGGGGGGGGGGGCGGCGGAGGAGAGCCUCUUCUCUCGUCUCGGUCGCUCUUUGGCUGAACUCCUUCAGACUUCGCCGGCCGACGUGCAGAUCUUCUCUGCGGGCGGCGCCGGGCGGCGAGGGGGGGGCGAGGCGCUGGCCGUGUGGUUCUGGGCUCGUGGCGCCGCCCCCUACAGGAAGGAAAAGCUGCUCGGCAUCGUGGCGGCGAGCAGAGCGCAGCUGGAGGCCACGCUGGGCGUGUCCAUCUCCCAGGUGGGCGUGGACGAGUGUCCCUUCACCGACUGCAGCCGGUCCGGAGGCUGCAGCACCGACGUUUCCUUCGGUCCGGUCCCCGUGGCGCUCGGCGCCGGAUCCGCCGCGCUGGUGUCGCUGCCGGCCUCGGUGGCGGCGCGGUGCGGCUGCCGCGGGCGGGAGGCCGCCCACCUGCCGUGCUCCUCCUACCCCAACAGCCCCUGCCGCAACGGGGGGGCCUGCCGGGACGGCCCGCUGGGGUACAGGUGUAAUUGCCCUCCCAUGUUCGACGGGCCCGAGUGCCAGCAGACCAAACGCAGCUUCGGCGGCGGGGGCUACGCCUGGUUCCCUCCCAUCAUGCCUUGCUUUCACAGCCACAUCUCGCUGGAGUUCCUGGCCGAGUCGGCCAAUGGGCUGCUGCUGUACGACGGGCCGCUAGGCCCCGCCCACUCCGCCGAGCAGGAGGACUUCAUCGCCGUCGAGUUGAGGAACGGCGUUCCGGCGCUGAGCAUCAACCACGGGUCGGGGACGCUGACCCUGCAGCUGCCGCCCCGAUCCACCGUUACUGACCGCCGCUGGCAUCGGCUCGACGUGGUCAGCGACGGGAAG